UCAAGCUGCCAUUGUUGGCUCCGCUCUCCUCCAGCGAAACUACGAAAUGUCGCAGCUAAUCAUCUCCCCGUAAAUAAUGACGACGAGAAUUCCUAGGGAUGAUGAUACGCCCCUCCCAACCCAGUCGGUGGAUCCGGAUGGCUGAUUUGGCCGCAGCGCUGUCUCCGUAUGGCUGCACCCAGGAUAAACACCCUCCUUGUCGGUGGUACGCCUUCUCCCCUCGUCCGCUGGGACCUUACCGCCACUGUAGUUCUGCUGAAGAAAGCUUGUUAUAUAUGAUCCUCUUCGCCUCCCUUCUCUUUCUUUUCCAUCUUCAUCCUUCUCUUUCACAUCAUCCUCCUCUUCCAUCUUCCUCCGGUGACAAUUGCUUGCAGGUGACGCCCAUUGGUUGUCUUCCUGUUUUCGUCUCCGAGUGAUAUCAUCCUUUAUCCUUCCUAUCUUAUCAUCCAUCUUCCUCCCCCUCCUA